UCCCAUGCCUCGCGGCUCUAUGUCCCGAGACUCGUUCGCCACUCAGCGCCACCUGCCGGCGGCAGCUCGUAACUGUGGCUCUUUCUCUCUCUCUUUUUUUCUUUUUUUUCCUCCUUCCGAUUCUCCAAUGUUCACAGCUCGGCCGGAGCCUGUCGUCCUCCAAGCUUCAUUUCCGACGGGUUUUUAAACACUCCCGACCGCCCCAGGAUCCGCGCGGGACCGCGUUGAAGGAGGAUCAUGUCGAGCGACAGGCAACGAUCGGACGACGAAAGUCCGAGCACCAGCAGCGGCAGUUCGGACGCAGAUCAGCGGGACCCGCCGGCACCCGAACCCGAGGAGCACGAAGAGCGAAAGCCGCCCUCCGCCACUCAGCAACAGAAAAAGAACACGAAGCUGUCCAGCAAAACCACUGCUAAACUGUCCACAAGUGCUAAAAGAAUUCAGAAGGAGCUAGCUGAAAUUACUCUGGAUCCUCCACCCAACUGCAGUGCUGGGCCCAAAGGAGACAACAUUUAUGAAUGGAGGUCCACUAUCCUGGGCCCCCCCGGCUCUGUGUACGAGGGCGGCGUCUUCUUCCUGGACAUCACCUUCUCUUCAGACUACCCCUUCAAACCACCAAAGGUCACGUUCCGCACCAGGAUCUAUCACUGCAACAUCAACAGUCAGGGCGUCAUCUGCCUGGACAUCCUGAAGGACAAUUGGAGCCCCGCCCUCACCAUCUCCAAGGUCCUGCUGUCCAUCUGUUCCCUCCUGACAGACUGCAAUCCUGCGGACCCCCUGGUGGGUAGCAUAGCCACACAGUACCUGACCAACAGAGCGGAGCAUGACAGGAUAGCUCGGCAGUGGACCAAACGAUACGCCACAUAGGCCCCCAGGGGCCCCGCCAACAGCCGGCCCCUCGCGUGAAGAGCCUGGAGGCGACUUCACCGCGUGCAGCAAAUCUUUAUAGCCUUUACAAUACGGACUUCUGUGUACAUGUUAUACUGGUUCUGCUCUGUGCUUUUACCUCAUGAAGACUGAGACGGGAGCGCCUCGCAGGUAAAUGCUACUCGAGUAGAAUUUUGUAGCUGUAGAUUUAGUUAUGUUUAAAUGCCUACUUGCAAGUCUUGCUUCUUUUGGGAUAUAAAAAUGUAUUUUGUGAUGUAAUAAGGGAAACUGUUCCUAAAGUCAACCAAAUAUUAUGGUGCAUUUUAGCCUAAUCCAUUAUCUGUAUGAAGUUAAGGAGAAAAUAAAAAAAAAACACAAAAAAAAAAAAACUAGCUGUAGAUGAUUAGGAAUUAUGUCAUUUAUAUGAAACCCAGAUCCAUUUCCAGUUGUGUGGUACAUGCUAUUGUGAACUCUGUUUUACCUUUGUCAGUUUGUAACGAAGAGAUUUCAUCGAACCUUUUGUAGUUCAGCGAAGGUGAACCGUCACUGUAACAUCACCAAACACAAUAAACUUGUUCCCCAAGGUGA